GAAAAGUUUGGACAAGUUUGACAGUUUGGGAGCAGAGACACAAACAGCGGAGAAACAUGACGGUGUGUUACCUGUUACUGAUGUUGCUGUAGAGUCGUCAGUCGCCUCUGACUGACUGACUGACCCUGACCAGACACACAGACAGGCAGAUAUGAAGAGUGGAUCACAGGGAAUGGACGCCAGCACUGCUCCAGAUCCCAGAGUGCAGUCAGACUGCAGCUUAGCGUGUCUGCGACGUCGGGCCUGGGCCCAGAGCAGAGACUCCAUCUGGCAAGAAUCAGAAGCAGAGAGCCUUGACUCCCAGGGGCCCCAACAGAGCCAGAGGGACGGGGGAGAGCAGAGACCCUCAGAGGAUCCAGGGCAAGUUCCUAACAAGAUCACCAGCUGGCUGAUUGACUGCAGGACUCCCCUCGGAGCCUCUCUAGAUGAUCAGACUGCUUCUCCCAGCAAAGGAGUGCUGAAGAACGGCUGCAGCUUUGAAGAUGACCUUUCACUGGGAGCUGAAGCCAACCAUCUUCAGUCCAGUAACAAUAAAACUGAAUCCUGUUUUGGUCUUGCGGCGGAUCAGAAGAGGAGUCAGUUUAAAGAGAGAGGAAGAAGUAUGAACUCCACAGGAUCAGGGAAAAGCAGCACUGUGUCCAGUGUGUCAGAGCUGCUGGAUCUGUACGAGGAGGAUCCAGAGGAAAUCCUCUUAAAUCUUGGUUUUGGUCGAGAAGAACCCGACCUAGCCUCAAAGGUUCCUGCCAGGUUCUUCAACAACUCCUCCAUAGCACGAGGCAUUGACAUCAAGGUAUACCUGGGAGCUCAGCUACAGCGCAUGGAAGUGGAGAACCCCAACUACGCCCUGACUAUUCACCAGUACGCCAGGACACAUAAAGGAGCAGGUCGUUUCCGUCAGAUUGAGGUCUUGACCUCAGUAGCUAACGAGUUCUUCCAGCUCUACAGUCAAGUUUCUGGUCAACCUGUCCAACGCAUCAGCUCCAGGGACCAAGGAGGAGAAGUGGGUGAAGCAGGUGAGGAGAAGUCAUCUCCUUCUCUAAAGAGGAGCGGCUCGGCUCGAAACGUCGCCAAACUCCUCAAGAAAACCAUCACCAAACACAACCUGCUUGCAGUCUCCUCCGAGUUGCCUGAAGCGAACACACCUAACCAGAAAACACCAUCAAACGGACACGCCACUUCUGAUCACACACACACCAACGAUCACGCACACACCACCACCGGGCUGGAACAGAACGGCAGCAGCACCGAACCCGACCACCAGGUGGAGACCAGCACCCAGAAACACAUGCGCAAGAAAGACAGCUGUCCCUUGGCGACAGUUAAAGAGGAAACCAAUGGGGAUGGAGAAGAAAGUCCUGAACAGAGCAGCAGCACCGAACCAGCAGCCAAUGGAGAGCAUCAACCAGAGUCAGCUGACUCUCAGUCAUCCAAUCAGAAAUCUGAAGAGGGAACCCAGGUGGUCAAGGAGGAGGAGAAGAACCUGACUUCAACCCCAGAGAAAGCUCCUCCCUCCCUGCCCCCGCUCCAGCUGGCCCAGCUUCGCACAGAAAACACAGACUCUUUCGACAUGGAGGAGAUUCAGAGUAACGAAGAUGAGGCUCCUCCACUCAGAACUUCCAGAGCCACCGACCUGUUGAGGACAGUCAGUCAGCAGUCAGACAGCAGUGGUUUCGCUGAAGAGCCCUCCGCCGACUCCAGCAGCUACCUCAGGGUGCAGGAUAGCAGUGACAGCUGUGACAGUGAGACCACUGUGACGUCACACCCUUCACUCGAUUCGGCCACGCCACUUGCGAUGGACCAACCAGUGUUCGAGCUGCCAGAUGGCCUAGAGAAAGAGGCGGGGCCUGGUGGUGCUACUGAGGUGGAUGGGAGGAGUAGUUCCAGGGAAGAAGAUGAGCAUGAUGGGAAUUCAGAGCAGUUUCCACAGUACACCGCUCACCACCUGCCCAGGAACCAACCAACUGGAGUGCGGCAGGAUGAGAGCGAGGAGAAGGAGGAGGAACAGCAAGUUGAGAUUGGAGACCGAACUGAUCCCAAACCAGAACCAGAACCAGAGCCAGAACCAGAACCAGAACAGGAGAGUCUGUCUGCUGCAAAAGAAGAACCACAACAGACCACAGCAGACACAGAGCCACCCACAGCAGAAGUGGCUGCUGAGGUUCAAGAAGAGCGUGAAUUCUUGGAUGAUUCUGGUUCACUCUGUUAUCCUCCUCCUCCAUCCUCUCCGGUUCUGAACGCUCUGAUCCGAGCCAAGCAGAACCAGCUGACCUGGAAUGGGCAGCGGGGUGACCCCCAGUCCGCCAACUCCCCCCCAACCCCAGGGAGAGGACGAGGAAGACGUGGUGUCCCUCUACAGAGGUCCUCCUCCCUCCCACUCUCGUUCCUCUCACCCUCCAGGGUUGUGUCCUCCGUCAGGAUCCAGUUUGGGCGCGGCCAGGCGUCCUGCACGCAGCCCAGGUACUCCUUCAAAUACACCCAGGAGGCUGAGGGGGACAAGAGAGAGGAAGAAGAGCAGGAAGGACAAACUAACAUUCUGUCUACUCUGAUCAUAAACCCUGCUUCGUCGUCUGACUCUAUCAACCAUCCGACAAGGCUUCCCAAAGAAGCUCCCGUCCCACCUAAACCCAUCCCACGCCACCUGAUGCGGUCAACAGUUUCCCUGCAGAGUGCCAGCCCUCCUCCUAAUUGGUCACCAGGAAGCCAAGCCCACUCCUGGAGUACCCAGAGCGUUCCCGAUCUCUCCUUCAAUCAGCGGCAACCAGGCCAGUCCCAGCAGAACAUGAGCGCCAACCAGAACCAGCAGAGUUGGAAUCUAGGGAAGACGAUGUUCCGUUACCCUAAUCCUAAUCCUACAGCUCAGUACCCAAGCCCCAAUCCUAGUCCCAGCCCCUACCCCUUCACUCCGAACCUUCCUACACCCUACCCCUCCCCUCUCCAUCCAUACGCCAGCCUCCCUAACCUCGCUCACCACCACAACUUGUCCCACCAUUCCAGUCUAACCAGUCUCUACCAGCCUGCAACUCCUGCAAACCCCCACCACAGCAGCUUCUCUAACCUGCAUCAUGCCUCAGCUCCUGCAACUCCCCACCACGUCAGUCUGGGCAGCCUACAUCCAGGAACACCGAUGCCCCACCAAGCGUACAGUCAUCUAUACGGUCAUCAGCCACCUUACCAUGCAACUCCAUAUGGCUCGCAGUUUGUCUCACCCUACCUUGGUUACCAUGGGUACAACAUGAACCCACACAUGGCCUACCCUCCACACGUCACCCAGUAUCCACCACCUCCAGAGCACAGCCUCCACCCGGGGCUUGCUCCUCCUGCUGCAGGCUUCCACCCAGGCCUGGCUUCAUCCUUCGGCUCAGGUCACAGCCUCCACCCGGGCCUCGCUCCUCACGCUGCUCAAGGUCCAGGAUCCAGCCAGGGCCCAUCCAGCGCUGAGAUGCAGCUGAGGAGAGUUCUACACGACAUCAGAGGAACAGUUCAGAGUCUGGGCCAGACGCGAGCUGACACUCCAGAUGCGUUCAGUGACCACAGAGCACCUCUGUCAAGCCACCAGCCUUUGGCAGAGUUUCAGCAGAAGAGGCAGAGUCUCAACUUGUUCCGCAGUCAGAUGAUGGACUUGGAGCUGUCGAUCAUCAGACAGCAGGCUCAGGUCUACAAACACCUGAGCCCAGCCGACAGGAUGGAGGUGGAGCAGCUUCAGUCUCUGAGGUCAGCAGUGAGGGAGGAACUUCAGGAGCUGGAACAACAGCUGGAAGACAGACUGAUGGAGCUGACGCAUCACACACAACAUAGGGGUCUCCAUAGAGACAGCAGUGUUGACAGUCUGUCCACAGAAUCUGCACUGAGAGCCAUGGAGCCGGUGUCAGACCUCCUCAGAGAGCAGCAUUACCUCCGAUCGGAGCUCAGCUACGAUGGCCACGCCACCCCCACCGAUCCCUCUUCCCGAUCCUCCAGUCCAGUCCAUGGAGGGGACGGCGAGCAGAGAGGAGGCGUGUACAAGGCAUCAGUUAACAUAACCCCUGCCCCACCUCCUCGACCGAACGCACGCAUUGAGGAACAGAAGGAGGAGGAGGAGGAGGAAGCGGAGGAGGAAAAUAGGGAUGCAGGAGAAAGAGGAGGAGGGAGUGGAGGAAGAGGAGGAGGAGGAGAAGCAUCCAAGGAGGAGGGAGCAGCAGGAGGAGUCAGAGUGGAGAAUCUGCAGCAGCUCAUCAAAGAGAUUCGGGAGAGCGUGGCACAGGAGGUCCGACAGGAGAUCUACAGCGAGCUGCUCGCUGCCGUGUCGCCACGGCGAUCGCCCCUGCCUGGCAGGCAGCACCCCCUGUAGUCAUGGCGACAGCAGAGCACCGCCCACUUUCACCUUCAGCCUUCACGACCACAGCCUGAGAGCAACACUGUCUGUCUGUAACACUGUAUAGCUGAGUAACACUGUCUGUGUGGAACACUAUGCGUCUGUAACACUGUAUGUCUGUAACACUGAUGACGGAUUGAGCACAUCGCCCGCAUGUGAUAAACUCAGACGGGACGCAGAGCGCGGCAAGGACGCUUGUGUGUCUGUUUGCCAGUGUGAUGCAUGCUGGGAACACCAGUCUGGACCUGUGAACGAUCAGCGAUGUUGCGUCAUCUUUUCCUGUUUUGUUUUUCUAAGCUGUUUUGAUCAAAGUCAGGCCUCAAACUAUUUUCACUGCCACUAAUACUACCAAGUACGACAAGUACUACGAGUGGUGCUGCUAACAGUGCUCUGCCAGUACCAGCACUAUGAGUCCCAGUCCUGUGAAUGUACCCAUCACGUUCUUUUGCCCACAGUCCCAGUCUGAGAUCAGAUCAGUCCGUCCUGAUAAGAAUAAGAACAAAUAAUCAGUAGCUUGUGACCUAAAACAUUUAUUCAUUUGGUUGUUUGGCUGAAUUGAGCCUUUAACAUGUUGUCAGCAUCACACAGGGGACCAACUUCCUUUAAUUAUACUGUAAGUGCCUUAAUAAUCUUUCAUCUGAGCUCUUGUGCCUUUUUAGUUUGGGGGCUACAUUCCUUCAUCUUUAAUAAGAUUUCUCUGAGUCUGUCAAACUUUAACGCCUUAAAGUUACUCAUUCCAUGCUCAUUUCACCUUCAUGUAAAACAUUUAAAGAGGUCUUAAAAUAUACAAUUAAGGGAUCAUGAUCCUUCAGCUAUCCACAUUCUUUCAUCAUCAUCUUCAUCACCAUCAUCAUUGUCAUUGUGCAUCUGUUCCUCACGCCUCAUUCACAGUUAAAUCCACUGGUUAAUGUUUUUUUCUUUGUGCUAAGCUGAACUGAAAGGAUUUUACAAAACGCUGGACUGUCCCUUUAAAGGCCCAGACAAACGACACCGACAUCAGAGAACUCGUGGCAACAAAAGCUGACUGUUGAGUUGUCUUAUGUCGCCUGUGUGUCGGUCAAAAAGUUGCACAUGAUAUGUUAUACAGAUGUUAUACAUCUGCGUGACAGGAAAUAACAUUCCACAUCAGCAGGCAGCAAUAGACCCAUUUUGCGUUUGUAAAUGUGAUGACGUAUUUUGUGGGCGGAGCCGAACUGGUGGCAGAAAGGGACAGUAGUUGUGUCGGUGUGAGCGCCAAGUAAAAAAGCAAUAUAUCGUUUAUAUUUCUUAACAUGAGUUUAUGAUGUAUGUGUAGUGGAAAAAAGUUUUGUCUCCAGUUAAUUAGGAUCUUGAUAUUUAGGCUAAUCACUGCUCAAUGCUCAGUAGAGGAGGUUGCGUUCGGAUUAUUUGGAUUAUUUAAUUAUUUACGUGGUGAAAGAUAAAUCGUCAUAAGAGCUGUAAAAACUCUCAUUUGUCACGCAUGAAUUUGACUUAUUGUCCUUGAUUAAUAGUUGUGGAGACGUCCCCACGUAAUAUGAUUUAGUACAACUUAUGACUAUGCUAACGCACUAGCUAGCUAACACUGUCUGCUUAUUAAAACCUUAAUCAUAUCUAAAUAUAUUAACUUUCACCACUGCUCUCUUUAGAAAGGCCACCGCAAGAAAACACGUUCUUAGUUUAUGUUAAAGUCUAGCCAAUAAUGUACAUUUAGAUUGCUUCAUCUGCGUCCAGGCAGGGAAAGUGAAAUGACCCUAAC